AUGUCAGCUGGUUCUCGUCAAAGAAUGAUGCCCUCCGCAUUAUCGUUGGUCCAUCCUGAAAACGACAGCCCAAGAGUCGCACCUGCAUUUCAGACCAUACUCGCUAUGGCGUUCUGUUUAAUCGGUGACAUUUACCGGCUGGUUAACUAUUUGACGGUGACGGCUUUAGCGGCUACAACGUUUUCGGUUGGUGCGCUUGUCUUCAUAAAGUGGAAGAAGAUUCCGGUCAGCGAGGACGCUGUUAAGGUCAUUUCUUCAUGA